AUGUCGUUCGCGUUCGGCGCGCCCGCGCCCGCGCCCGCGCCCGCGCCGAGCGCGCCGAGCGCGCCGGCGCCGAGCGCGCUCGCCGCCGCGCCGCUCGCGCCGACGUCGACGGCGACGGCGACGGCGACGCUGCCGAACGCGCGCGCGCUGUUUUACGCCCUGGAUGAGACCGUUCAGCGCGGCGACGUCGUCGACGACGCGACGACGUCGACGCUCGAGGACGCGCUCGAACACGUCGCGCGCGCGUGCGAAACGUACGGACCGACGCGCGCGGCGAGCGCGGAGGCGCUGCGCGGCGGGAGCGUGGAGUACGGGGGGAAGACGCUGAGGGUGAGCGCGACGACGGCGAAGGUGGCGACGGAGUGCGCGAGACGAUUGCGGUUGGACGAGACGCAGACGUACGUCCUGCUCAGACGCGCGCUGGAUGAGAGCGAAAUGCCGCGACCGAGCGAGGCGACGGAGGAGGUGGUGCGAGAGGUGAUGCGGUUUUACUUUCGGGAGCGACUCGGGACCAUCAAGUGCGCGCACGCGCUGCUCUCGAGAACGAGCGGGGACGCGUCGAGCGGCGCGGAUGGCGACGCGUGGGAGCGCGCGGUGACGAAGAUGCUCGAUCUUGGGUUCGAGGAGAACGUGUGGCGCGCGCUCGAUCGGCACAUGAGCGGGGCGAGCGCGAGCGGGCCCGAGGGGGCGAGUCCGGAGGACGCCGCGGCGUGGGCGGGGCAAACGCUCGAAGAGACGGUGGCGCUGCUGGAGGUUCUAUUUUUGCUGUACUACAACCGCGUGAAGUGCAAACCUGAAAUGUUCAUGAAGUUGGCUCGAAUGUUUGAGAAGGGUGCGCUCAGGCGCGCGCCCGCGGCGGCGAUUGAGCUCGAGUCGCACGCGCCCCAGGCGCACGUGAACGCGUUCACGGAGGAUAUUCGCGCGCUGUGCAACGUCACCCUGAUCGCGGCGAUGGAUUUAGAAAACUUAGUCGAUCGAUUUUCCGGGAAGAGCCUGAAUGCGCACGGUUUUUUGGAAGCGACUGUGCUAAAGUCCAUCACUGAAAUGAUGGAAAAAUGGCAGAGCGACGCGGCGCACGGACCAACGCUGCUCGCGUGGUCAACGUUUCUCACGUUGCUACCGGUGGAUGCUGAGUACAUGCCGGGCGGAUUUUCGAUCGAAAUCAUGACGCAGAAAGCGAACGAAUGCGGGCUCUCUGCGCUGUCGCACUUGCUCGAUGCGGAACAGUUGCGAGGCGAAGACGCCACCGUGACGCUCCACAAGAGCGUGCUGAAGAAUAUGUUCUCCACCAUUCUCGCCGCGUACGACAUGCUUCCCGUUCACCGCUUGCCCACUCACGACCUGAACCAGAUUUUGAGCGUUCUACGAAAACUUCUCGCACAUCAGCCAGUGCUAUGCGAGCAGUUCUGGGGUGGUGCGAGAGAGGACGGCCAAGAGGCUCCGCUCUUCGCGCUCUUGGAAGGCUGUCGAGAGCGGUUUCCUUACGAUUCCGCCCCACUGUUGAGAGUACUCGCGGCGUUUUCCGAGGGCCAUCGCGCGGCGGAGUGCGCGUUGGCAUACAUCGCACAACUGCCGACGGUUGCUCUACCGGUGCCUUCUCCAGACAUCAUGCAGCAAGGCUUGAAACCAAGCGAGGACGCUGUGAUGGACGUCGAGUCGGGCUUCGCGAGCGGUUCGGUCACCGCCAUCCAUCGGCUUACAAGUCCUUACAUUCCCGGCGGAUUCAUCGAAGCUGGCAUGUCCGGUUUGGCAAUUGAUAUGGGCACACAAACCACACCGUUGAUCGUCUGGGCCGCACCUGCUGACGGCUUGCAUCUUUGUCUGACUCGCCUUUCCCUGCUCGCGAGUGCGGGGUUGAGCAGAGAAUUGACGACGAGCGAGAGUGAUGAACUCGACGCGACGACGUUAUUCUUGUCCAAAGUUUUGACGCACGCACCAUCAUUUGCGAGACCAAUGUUAUCAUGUGACGUUUCUGAGUCCGUGCCGAAAGGGUCACCGACCGACAUCCUCACAGGUCUUUCGUUGGCGUUGCACGUGCGAAGCAAGUCUCUUCAUACGGAGCAAAGCAUUCAAUCGACCGCCACCGUGUUACAGGCAUUAUCUGCACUCGCCGCGGCUGAGCCCACUAGAACCGUUGCAGAGGUACUCGAGGCGCCGCUCCUGUCGGGCACUCCAGGCACUGGUGUCCCCGGGUUGAUUCGCGCCAUUCGCGACAGCGAGUCGCGCCUCGGUGAAUAUCCGUUGACGUUGGCCGUGCUUAGUUUAGUGGAGACAUUACUCCAACAUGGUGGGCUUGGCGAUAAGCUCGAGGCCCUCGUAGAUCAUGUCCUGCAAGAAAUUGCUGUCCGUCACGUGCAGUGGCGGUACAGGCACAAAGCUGAAAAAUGGAUCGUUCACGCGGCGGUGCAGCGCAUCAUCUAUCAAAUUUUCACUCCCCGACACGGCGAUUUUGCCAUUAGACUUCGUGACAAGGUGCUGUCCUACUUGAUCAACGACAAGGCGAUUUGCUUUGGAUCGUUUGCACCACUCGUGUACGAUGCAGCGUCUCUACGCAAGUUGCAUGAAGAAGGCGGUGCGCCUCGAACAGAGGAAGUUACGGCUCUCGAAGAAGCAAUUGCGACGGUGCUCAGGUCUAUACCACUCAUCGUUUAUCACGCAGGUGAUAAUUUCGGUGGUGUACUCGAGCGAAUGCUGCUCAUCGAAACUAGUAAUAAUGGUGCUCCCUUUGCGAGCUCGAUCGCGUCAUAUGCCGGAUAUCCGUACGCUGCGGCGUGUUUUCCACUCGCACUUCCGGCCCUCGUGCCUUUGUGCGCGGCGGCGAACGCCGUUCCCAUGGCUGCAACGCUAGACAGACAAGAUCGAGCGGAGAUUCUGAGCUCGAUGCAGCACAUGUUCAAGCACGCUGAUUUGGACGCCGUGUGUGACAUCGCAGAUUUACUCAGCGCAGGUAUCGCAAAUCAGCCGGAAUGGGUCGCCACCUUACUCGUGCCCGAAAAAGAGCCCGAAGAAGAGCGCCCCGCUUCAUUACCAGCUCCGACUGCUUCCGGCGCACUUGCCGCACCUACGACGCCGACAAAUGCUCUCGCACCUACGACGCCUACGACGCAACCACCACCGACGCCGCCGCUCCCGACAAAGACGAAAAAGACUGUUGAAGGAGCGUUGGCUUUAGUGUGGGACAUCCUCGAGGACACCACAAAGAUACGCUCGCAGUCGCCCCGUUGCCUGGCGGCACUUUUGCGCAUGCUCGAUGCUCUCUGGCGCCGCCAGCCACUUCUCAUCGAGUCUAUUCAGACACUCAAGGUCAAGGACGUCGAGUUGUGGAAAAGACUGGCGACGUGCGUGGAUCAACCGGAGAAGGAAGUUACUCCACCGGCGGUGGCGCAUAGCUUGAGCGCGGCUAGUUCUGUGCUUUCGCUAUUCGCCAUCGAAGCGGAGUCGUCUAUGAAUGCUCUCGACGGGACGUCGAGCGCGACGUUUAACGCGCAGGUACGAGAAUGGUGCGCGAACUCACGCAUCAGUUCAUGGAUUGAUACGUGUCUCUCGCACGAGAGUUGCGCUUUGUCGCGCCAAAAGACGCAAUUCGCCGCGCAAGCGUUCGUUCUGCAAUGCAUAUCGGUUCUUGAGCGCGAAGAUAUGAGUGCGAAGCGCUCGCCGUUGAUGGCAGACGCGACAUUACAGUGGAUGUGUGGAAAAAUCAGAGACGCUUUGCUCUCGCACGCGUCGGCGAAAGAUUUGAGAGCGUCUGGGGCGUCGAAUGUCGCAAUUCUAGAAGCCGUCGCUCGAGAGGCGGCUACACAAAGCCCGAGCUCUAUUAUGUCAGCCGAUGCGGUGCAUAGACUCGUGCAGGCGGCCCGCGAUAUGCACGUCGAGGCCGUGGCGUUCGCUCCGGCUCCUCUCAGCGUCGCUGGUACUGCUGAGUACGGUGAAUCGUAUUUGUACGACUCCUAUUGGAUUCGCGUCGCUACGGGAUGUGUGGGUUCGAACGCGGACGAUCAGUGGGGCGCACCCGAAGGAGCCCUAGCAGACAUGGGGCGUGCGAUGAGCGCUCAGCUCGCCGAGACGUGCCUACUGUCGUCGAUCACAGACGCGCAGUCGUCCGCUAUCUGUUCGUUGAGCUCCUUCAUCGCCGCUGCCGCCUUUGGUGAGUUGCCGAAGAUGCACGCCGGGGUGUUCACGCAACCUGCCUCAACGACGACAGGUGCGCCGAAAACUCUCCUCGAUGGGCUUUCGAGAGAUAGUCGAAGAGAUCUCGUAUUGAACGUCGCUGAGCGUUUGCAGAAGAUCAUCGUGACGGAUUCAGCGAGCAUGCCUUCCUACGUCAGCCCGUUGGCGAAUGAAAUGGCCACGUUGUUGUCCGUCGUGACACAGUUGUGGAGCGUUUCAGUAUCCAGUGCGUCACCUCAGACACCAGCGGAGAACGAUUUCGAACCGGUGCAGCGCGUGAUAUUGGUUGUGUCGACGGUUUUGGCUCCUCGAACAAGCGCUUCGGGAUCGCCAUCGCGAGAAGCGGCGUCUCUCGUGAACCCAUUGCUCACCGCCAUGCUGUUCGCCAUCCGAGCGUGGCGCGCCGGAAUGCAAUCUGCUAAGACAGUGCAGCCGAGUUAUGAGCUUGGCCAGUCCGCGUUGCCUCUCAUACCUCUCAUUUGCCAAGCUGCUGCAGGGGACUCUGGAACGAAUAACGCUAAGGCUUCGACGACAUCGAGCGUGGCGCUCAUGUUGCUCGCAGACAUCGCCAGCGACCUGCUUCCGACGUCGGCGCUGCUUCAAGUGCUCAGUACCUACAAGAUAAUGCCGGCGCUCCGGCCGGCGACAGGCGACGACGACGUCGACAGUGUGACCAUCGCCGCUCUAAACACGUGCCUGAGCCUUUCCAAGAGCGAUCAAGGAGCGGAGAUUUUACUCGCGUCGGACACCGUCCGUCUUCUCGCCAUCUUGUGCGUCGAGUCAAACAAGGCCGAACGUCACAACACGACAAAUCACGAUAUAUAUUGCUCCGCUCUGCGCGUCACCGCCAUGCUCGCGGGAUCGCCGCUCGCCGUGCACUCUGUAGACGUCGGGGCUGAUCUCGUUCGCUUUUGCGCGGCGUUGGAAGCUCGAAUGCUCGCCGCUUUGGCGCCAAAAGAGAUCACACUCGCGACGCUCAAGGAAGUCGAAGUGACGGCGUUGUUCUUCAGCCGUCUCGCGUCCACUUUCGGUGCGCAGUGGCAAGUUUCUUCGCCCGAAGGCCAGAUGCGCUGUCGCGUGGCGUGCGUGAGCUUUCUUCGAUGGUUCGCCGCGCCUCAGGUUGUCGGGGGCUUGCGAUGUCCUCGAAAGACGCGAGCCGAUGAAACGUUGGCGGCAAAACCACCGGCGACGCGUGCCACUCAGGCAUGGUUCCAAGCCACCGCGAGAGGUGACUCCGUGCGCGAACCCACGUCGCCGCUCAUCGGUACGGCGCCGCACGGCUCGCCCAUCGCCGACGCCUCGACGCGAAAGACUGGCAAUGCGUACUCCGAAGCCGUCGCCGUGGCCCUCUAUCGAGCCGCGCGCGCCGCGUGUGACUUCCUCGCGGUCUUCCCGCGCGCCGUCGACCAAGCCGCGCUCGGUUUCGACGUCACCGCCAGUCUUCGAGACCAGUGCGACGCGUUGUCGUGCGACGACUUGACGUCGUCCCCCGCCAACGCCGACGAAUCCGCCCUCGUCGCCGCGCUCGACGGUUUAAAAUCCGCGGCAUCGAAAAUCGAGCGCCUCGAAGCGUCGUCGCUCAAACCGUCCGACGCCCGCGCCGACGGUUCCCCGCGUCCGCGCGUCGCCGCGUCGUCCCCCUUCGCCUAG